AUGACGGCGGUAGUAGCCACGCAGGAGGGCGGCAGAUCAGCUGCGUUGGCGAUGGCGUUCGUGGCGGCGGUGGAGGGCGCGGCCGCGACGCUCCGUCCGGUGUUGUCGUGCGCGCAGCAGGCAGCAGUGCGAUUGGGCGCGUGGUGGCGGAGGGCCACCGUGGCCGAGCAGGUCAGGUGGCGCGUCCAGAUCGCCGAGGAGCUGCCCACAGAUUUGAAGGAGUUGCCACUUAUCCACAGCAAUGAUAGCAUCAAAGAGUUGAACCGCAGCAUCGAGAAACAUGAGCGACGUCACGACCUUGUAAUAUCAUCUUACACACUUGGGGAGAUUCCUUCAUUGAAUAACCGUAUAACAAUUGUGAGGCAACUUUGGGGCCUAACAAAAGAUGUUUUGGUUUUGUUAGAGCCUGGAACUCCUCAAGGGUCAAAGACUAUAAGACAAAUGCGCUCAUGUAUCCUUUGGAUGGAAAAGAGAAAGUGUCGCAAGAGUAAAAAAUCUGCAUGUGCUGCUCCAAGUAAAAUGAAGAGCAUGGUUGUUCAAGAAGAUUUGCUGAAAAAUGGUGCCUUCGUGGUUGCCCCGUGUGAGAGCGAGUUGCAUGUUGUAUGAACUAAGCGCAAAUUCAUAUUGGUCGGUUUAGCGGCUCGCUUGCAUUGACAGUCGACUGUGUGUAGGCGUGCUGCCAUAUCUGAGGCUAUAAUACAACAUUUUGUAUUUCUCAUGGAAGGAUGUGCCUGUGGUCCUUAAGGAUGUGGUUCACGGGGUUUGACUAUGGUUUGAUUGUCAAAUCAAAGGUCCCAGGUGAACUUCUGCUACUUUUGGUCUUAUCUCUCUACGUCUCCCCUUACAAUGAUUCAUAUUUUUCUGCCUCCAUUUUGUUUCUACAUACGAUGAAUUAUCUCUUUGCCAUAGUUACCUUUUUUUGUCCCCUGCAUAUCCAAAUCGAAAAAUACUUGUGGUUUGGUACAGUUGUAUUGCAAGUCGAAAAAUAUUGUAUGUGUUAAUAUCGGAUGGUCCAAGUUGAAAUUCAGUUUAUAUUAUUCAAUAUGCAUUCUAACAAACAUCUUGUGUUUUGCAUCAUUCUAAAAAAUAUUAAGUUCUGGUGUUAAUCGCAAGCAAAUAAGGGUAAGACACAUACCAUUUAUAUGUCAUUAAACGUUAUCACAAUUUCUAUGUUAUUCUAUUUUACCUCUGGUACUACAUUGUGAUCUUUCAAGGAAUUACUGCUUCCUUUCUACCCCUGGUUUUCUUUUUGUAGGAUAUUGUAGCCUCACUAGGAUGGAUUAAGAGUGUCAUCUGCUCCCUUUCCCUAAUCAAAUAGGACUUCCAAACUAAUGAUACUUGCACUCCUUUUUAUCUGUUGAUCUCUUUAAUUCUGAUUACAACUUAUGUUUCACAAAUAUAUGA